ACUCCCACCCCGCAACCAAGGGUCAGACAAAGAGAAGCUACAGCUUGGGAGCAGACACAGCGACCAAACAGGAAAGCCUUCCAGUCCGGCUGUGGGUGGGGAGGUAAUGGGAAAGGCUGCAGAACUUGAAGGUUUACAGAAGCAGGAUGAGGCGCCGCAGACCCACACUGUGGAGAUGCCACGGAAGAGGGAGAGUUAGGGGAGGAAAUGAAUGUGCUACAAAGCGAGACUCAACGGCGGAAAGUAUUAUUCUCUCUCUUUUUGGGUCUCUGUAGCAAGGAGUCUAGAUGCUUGUUGUAGCUUCCUGUCUCCUGCAUGACCAGAGAGAACGUGGUGCACGAAGCCCCAGAACACAUCGUUUAACAUUGUUAGCCAUUGUAUGUAGUGAGGCGGUCCGGACUCUAUUUGUCAGUGGUCUGCCCCUGGACAUCAAACCCCGGGAGCUCUACCUGCUCUUCAGACCAUUCAAGGGUUAUGAGGGUUCUCUUAUAAAACUCACAUCUAAACAGCCUGUAGGUUUUGUCAGUUUCGACAGUCGCUCAGAAGCAGAGGCUGCAAAGAACGCUUUGAACGGCAUACGCUUCGAUCCUGAAAUCCCGCAAACACUACGACUAGAGUUUGCUAAGGCAAACACGAAGAUGGCCAAGAACAAACUCGUAGGGACUCCAAACCCCAGUACUCCUUUACCCAACACUGUACCUCAGUUCAUUGCCAGAGAGCCAUAUGCGCUGGCUCCCUCCCUCCGAGGCUACUUCUCAGGGUUGGAAGUCCCGACAGUUCUGCUGAAGGCUGUGUUUGAAAACGCCUUGCCCAGUUUUGAUCCCUUCAAGACUUUGCCACAGCCUCUAUCACACAUCUAUCUUCCUCAAAGAAAAAAAAAUAUAUAUAAUAAAAUGUGUUUUACUCUUUUACACUGUAUAAUUUUAAGAAAUACGUGUUAUUUGUGAAUGCAUGGUCUGAUGUUUCUGUACAGUUUGGAGACAUACUCAGGUGGACCACAGACAACAGUAAAGCCAAGACAGCUAGUAUUUUCUAGCAGGCAUUUGUGAAUGGAGGGAGGAGUUCUUACACUAGGUUAGAUCACUUUUGCACUUGAUUUUUGAAUGCUUUUUAAUGACAUUUAUCUUGUUUUUCUUCUAAAAUAAGCUGCAUGUUUAAGGCAUGUCUCUGAAUAGCAUCAAAAUUUCCACAGUUGUGUUGUGAAUGUGUGGACUCCAUCUGCCUGCCCAGUUAGUAACAUGGUGUAGAAGUGAGCUCUGCAAGACAAUCAAAGCCCCCAGGAGCAUCUCCCAUCACAGUGUUCACAACUGGGCAGUAAUUACUACUUAGGUAAUGUCUCCUGAGCACAGCGUACCAUCUGAAAACCAUGGCUACGGCUGCAACAAUACAAACUGUGCCAAGUAAGGUAUUGCCAUUUUAUACUUGUAUUUAUUAUAUUACCAUUUAUGAUAGCACCCUCAGAGCGUGGGACCUAAUAUAUCACUCAUCUUCCAUAAACUGUUCUCACUUUCCCAGUGGAAAGAUAAAGUCCACCCCACUAAGUGGAGGGACCUUGGUUUGGACCUCUGAGGCCAAUACAGCCUCAGGAGAAGCAGGUUCCCCACACAGCUACCUUGGCAAGAAUGGGCAUCACAUCUCAAGUGAUUCUGCAACGUAUUGGCCGACCUGAGCUGGUGGUGUUCUAAAGUCUGGCAACCGUCAAUCAUGUUCUACAGAAUACUGUUUGCUCUUCCUACUGAGCACUAGGUGGGACAUGUGACCAUGGUCAUUUGCAAUGAAUGUGGUUACCCUUGCUUCAAGACUUCUUCAGAGCCCAAAGCUAGCCUUGUGUUGUGUUCUGACACAUUUCCAGAGGUGGUGACAGGGCAGCUUCUCCUGCUCCUCAGACAAGAGCCAUGUGUAAUACUAUAUUGACCUCAGAGAAUUUCCAGCUGCUGGUAUAGCUAGACAUAAUCACAGUCUUUGUAUCUUUGUUAUUGAUCUACUUGUGUUGAAAACGUCAUGUUUUAAUGGAUAUAUCAUUGGUGGGGGGGGGGUUCAUUAUUUUUCAUUAGAAACAGAAUGUCAAGUUUUUAUAGGUUAUUAAAAAGAGAAAAAGGAAAAAAACACUAAGGCCUGGAGUAAGGGCUUUUCACUAGAAACUAGAGGAAGGGGGCAGGCAGCAGCUGGGGACUUCAGACAGCCACACUAGUGUCCAGGAACUGCUCAAGCCCUCCGUGCCACUCGGCUCCGAGACUACUUGCUGUAAGGAGAGCCGCUUCACCACUGACUAUGCUUUUAUAAACUGUGUAAAGGUACUUUUCUAUUGUCGUUUUUAAUAAAAUAAUAAAGUUUAUUCCAGCUAUUA